GACGGCGAUUCAGGCGGCAAAGUACGCGUUUCGUGCUCUUGUGAAAGAGGUCUUCUCGAGGAAUUUUCUCAGAGAUUAUUCAUCUGAUUUAUUUGAGUUAACGCUCAAAUCAAUUUAUUGCUUCUAUUAUUCCCGACUGAACGUGAUAUAACAAGUGAAAAGAUGUUUGAAGCACGAUUGGGAUCCGCCACAACUCUGAAGAAGGUUCUGGAUGCAAUUAAAGACCUGCUGAAUGAGGCUACAUUUGACUGCAAUGACUCAGGGAUUCAGCUCCAAGCCAUGGACAACUCCCACGUUUCCCUGGUUUCCUUGACCCUCAGAGCGGAUGGCUUUGACAAGUACAGAUGCGACAGGAAUCUGUCGAUGGGAAUGAAUCUGGGAAGCAUGGCGAAAAUCAUGAAAUGCGCCAACAACGAUGACACCGUGACAAUGAAGGCCCAGGACAAUGCCGACACAGUGGUGUUCAUGUUCGAGUCGCAGAAUCAGGAGAAGGUCUCGGACUACGAGAUGAAGCUGAUGAAUCUCGAUCAGGAGCACUUGGGCAUCCCUGAGACGGACUAUGCGUGCAUUGUGCGGAUGCCGGCGAUGGAGUUUGCUCGCAUCUGCCGAGAUCUCUCUCAGUUCGGCGAGUCCCUAGUGAUUUGCUGCACCAAGGAGGGCGUCAAGUUCUCAUCCUCUGGCGACGUGGGCUCCGCGAACAUUAAACUGGCCCAGACGACGAGCAUAGACAAGGAGGAGGAGGCAGUCAUAAUUGAAAUGCAAGAGCCCGUGACGCUCACUUUCGCCUGUCGCUAUUUGAACUCCUUCACCAAGGCCACGCCACUUUCGGCCCAAGUGCAGCUUUCUAUGUCCAUGGACGUGCCCCUCGUGGUGGAGUACAGGAUUGCCGAUCUCGGUCACAUCCGCUACUAUUUGGCGCCCAAAAUUGAGGACGACGAGAAUUAAGUAAGCUAAUUUCUUUCAUAUAAAAACAACAUCUGUUUCCCAGCAUCCCCAGAAUUUAUAGACAUCUUCUGAAUCCUUGUCCAUUUUGGUAUUAUCGGACAACAGUGGAUUUCCUUUAUUAAUUUUUAAAUGAUGAUGAGAAUAAAUUGAUUGAAAUAAAGUGCAUGUUUGCAAUUGUUCUGCUCAGCAAUGAAAG